AUGGCCGACACGAAUAGCAUAUUCGAUGUGCGUUCGGCGAGCGAUCUCGACAAAUUCGAAAACGACGCGUGUUUGGCUCGCCAACUAAUGGACGACGGAUUGUUGGCGUCGAGUCAGAUGUGCGACAAAUGCGGCCGAACGAUGAUGUUGCGGAAUCGCGUCAACACGCUCGAGUGGCGUUGUCGCGAAACGAAAAAUCGAGACUGCUCGACGCGAAGUGUCCGAAUUAGGAGUUGGUUCGAGAACUCGAAAAUCUCGCUCAAAACGAUGAUGAAACUCAUUGUGCUCUAUUUGAAUGGGGAAACGACAAAAUCAAUGGAGCAAGCGACGGGCGUCUCGCGUCGGACCGUCAUCCACAUUCGGGCUCAUAUCAAGGAAUUGUGCGAAAGAAUUCUCAAGCGCAACGACGACAAUUUUCCGAUCGAAAUCGUCGAUGUCCGCCUGAAUUUGGGGAAAAUCUUCAAAAAUUUGACAAAUUUUCCAACGUCGCCGUCGCGUCGCGUCAUUCUCCGAAACGGACUCAAUUUGUACAAAAAUCCCGAAAUCGAUCAAAAUUGUCUCGAAACGAUGCGCUCAAAACUUCGCCAAUUCUUCGAUGGUCCCAAUUCGAUUGACGACGAGCAACUCGACGCGAUUAUCGAGGAGAUGGCGAGCCACGAGUUUCGCAACGCGAUUUUUCGCGAAAUUGGCGAAUGCUUGAGAAUGCGAUGA